AUGACCCGCGUGCCCGGUGCCCGUAUCCGUCUCUCUGCUCAUUGUGAACCACCAAAUUUAGUUCGAAUACGAGCUCUGGGGAGGUUAUCCCCAAUCAGACACCAGAACCUGGAUGAGAAGAGAGUCAACCUAGGGUUUUGGGGCUGGAAUGGAUGCUUAUUCAUUGCCUAUUUGCUUGCUUGCGCAUUUUCUGGCCUAUUUUCUCGCCUCUUGCACUCUCUCUUGCUAUUCCUUCUCUCUCUCUCUCUCUCUUCUCUCUCCCUUCCUCCACGAAACCAUCUCUUUCCUCAUUCUUCAGCAAAUCAAAAUCACAAAAAAUCUUCAUCAAGAGUCCGAGAAACCACGCACAGAAGGAACGCUACCAAGUCGGGCGGACGUCCAGCCAACCAGCACUCAACCGCCAUCCUUUUCCACACCACCGGUGCCUUCCCAUGCCAGGACCCAACCUUUGGUUCCGCCCCGGGUAAAUCAGACGAACUCUCUCCGAGGUGUGGGUGGGUGGCGGGACCCAACCACAUGGUUGGGACAAGGCUACCAAGCUCAGGACCAUCUCACUUUGGACGUCGUCCCAUCCUCGAGGCUGAGCCCUUUGUGGCUGUGUCCUUUUUCCUUUCCCCAAUACCCUUUCCUUCUCACAGGCAACACAAUUUGCCAACGUUGGCGCAUUCGGGACCAAGGAUGCCGAGUAAAGACCACAAUGCCUUUCAUUGCUUUCCCCGUCCGGUACCCGGCGCUUAA